CUUUACAGCCAGGUCGAAUGCCAACUGUGGCAUCGUACCUGAGUUUCACGGACGAGUGAGGACAUGUCUGCAGUGUAUCUGGCAGUGGAAUGUCCAAAAGAAACAGUCAAUGAGGAAAGGCGUGUGGCAAGAUAAAGAAAAGUUUCAGGAAGAGGGAGAUGGGACGAAGGUGAGGACUCAACACCAGAGAAUCGACUGCCCAGGCUGCUGACAAAGCCUUGUGCUUGGUAGCUCCAGACGUUGCUCAGAGGAUCAGUUGUCUGUGUGUCCCCUGAAAAGCCAUGUGGGGCUGCCUGGUGGCCCUCGUGGGCCUGUUCUUCCUGGUGCGCUGGUACCGCGAGAGGCAGGUGGUGAGCCAGCUGCAAGAUAAGUAUGUCUUCAUCACGGGCUGUGACUCGGGCUUUGGGAACCUGCUGGCCAGGCAGCUGGACAUGAGGGGCCUGAGGGUGCUGGCCGCGUGUCUGACGGAGAAGGGGGCCAAGCAGCUGAGGCGGCAGACAUCGGACAGAGCGGAGACGGUGAUCCUGGAUGUCACACAGACGGAGAGCAUCACUGCGGCUGCCCAGUGGGUGAAGGAGUGCGUGGAGGACAGAGGUGACACCUGUCACAGUGUUGCCCAUCUAGUGGGCAUGAAUUGGAACCCCAGCAAGGUGGGCAAUGCACAGGCUCCUCCUAGAGUUGCUCUUUCCCUGUCAUUGUCCCCAGGACUCUGGGGACUGGUGAACAAUGCUGGCAUCCUUGGGUACUUGGUUUCCAAUCAGUGGCUGACCAAGCAGGACUUUGUGGAUGUGCUCAACGUGAACCUGCUGGGGAUGAUCGAGGUGACUCUGAGCCUGCUGCCCUUGGUGAGGAAGGCCCGGGGCCGCGUGGUCAACAUCUCCAGUGUCAUGGGACGUGUGGCAAUGUUUGGUGGUGGCUACAGCAUCUCCAAGUAUGGUCUGGAGGCCUUCUCAGACUCACUCAGGAGGGAGCUCUUGCCAUUUGACGUGAAGGUGGCCAUGAUUGAGCCUGGUUUCUUCCAGACCAACUUAGUGGACAAAGAGAGACUUGCAUGUUCUAUAGAGGAAGCAUGGGACCAUGCCAGCCCUGAGGUCAAGGAGCUCUAUGGUUUGGAGUUUUUGGAAGUCUACCAGAAACUACCAGAAGAAUUCAAGCCGCCAGUUAGGCAGGACCUGUCCUUGGUGACUGACUGCAUGGAGCACGCAUUGACUGCACGCCACCCCCGCACCCGCUACUCCCCUGGAUGGGAUGCCAAGUUCUUCUACCUCCCUCUAAGCUACAUGCCCACCUGUCUGGUGGAUGCCAUGGUCUCCUGGUUGGGCCCGAAGCCAGCCAAGGCCCUGUGAGGACCCUACUACCCUGCCUACGUGCGCACAGUUGGGAAUACUAAGAGGGAGGGUGACUACCACUGGAAAGGGUGGGGUUCAGUCUCAGCUGUCCCCAGACCUGCCUGCUGCUCCAGCCUUUCCGUAGCUCUCACCUGGUGCCAUGCAGUCUGGGAACAGCUCUUAGGGCUCACAGCUUUAUGGUUCAGGACACAUCUGCACAGUGUGGGGGA